CGGCCACCUCGCAGACGUAUUGUUAUCUUUUUCCUUCUACAAAGCACAAACUCUUUUUUCUUUUUUCAAAGAAAUAAAACGAGUCUUGUUUUUCUUGCUCCGUUUUUGUUGUAUUUGCAUCUUUUGGAUUUUCUCUUUGCAUUUGCAUUUUAUAAGUCGGGUGUUUUGUUGCAUUUCUGCAUGUCACUACCACUACAGCUUCUGCACAUAUAACACCAAAACGAUAGAAUCGCAUACGAGCAUCUUGUCUGGGUCAGCAAUCUAGCAAAAAACAAACAAAUCCAAGACAGCGUACAUACAUCUAUUACUCGAACGAAUACAUUCUACGAGCAUUCACUCAUACGAGUACCAUCGAGCUAUCUACACCCGUUCUACCGACGCAACAUCACCAUGCCGCCACCAAAGGCAAAAACAAACGCUUCCCGCGUCAUCAACCGUUCCCGCUUCUGCGAGGGUUCCAUGAAUGACCGCAUCUCCGCUGCACCGCCCGUCAGCUUCCUGGGCCCUGACGAGCGCACUAGUCUCGAGCAGCCGGUGCCUCUGGCCGAGCUGCGAACCAGCGAAGACGACUCGAGUGCCGGUGCCCGCGAAAAGGAAAAGGAACGACAGACAUUCUCGCGGCGAUCAGGCACAAGGUUGCUUGCUCAGGCGUGGGAGGGCGUCCGUGGAAGACUGCGACUGCGCAAAGAGCAACAACAGAGCCAGCGACAGUCGCAGACGCAGCAGCAACCCCAAAACCUGCAAAUCGAGGAUGAGCGCAUCUUUUCCGCAUGGACAGCUGGCUUCACGAACCCACCGCUCUCAUCACUGGAGAGACCGCAGACGUCGCAUGGCGAUACUCCGUCGGCACGCACACGAAGCCAGCGAGCAGCCAAGAAGGCCUCUCAGCCAAACCUGUCAGCCGCAGCCACUGUUGCUGCCAGCAACGACUCGGGCUACGCUUCGCCAGACGAAGUUCUUGCCAGCUACAAGCAGCUUGUAUCGCAGGGUUUCUUCAAGGCCAACGCCAUCCACUCUACGCGAGUUCCUGCCCCGGGUCCUCCUCCUCGUGUCCCGCCUCCUCCGGCCCCGACGCCCCAGCAGCGCGAGGACUUGCCGCGACGCAAACCACGACCCUCGACUGCAAGCAGCAUCAACACCGACACCCCGCCCAUGUGGCCACUAUCUUUGGCCCCCGUUACACCUACUGUUGUCCGUGUUCCGUCUGCAGUGCGGUCUCCAGCCAGUGCGUCAUCCAGAGGCACGAAGCGAGCUGCGGCGGAUAGCGAUGACGAUGACGAUACCGAUCAUGCUGGCUCUGAUAAGGAGAAUGACGACGGCAAUGAGAUGAUGGAUCAAGUGGGCUCGCCCAACUAUAUCCUUGCCAAGGACAUUGGCCCCAAGCGCAAGCUGAGGAAGAUCAUGUCCAACGACUUCAUGUUCAUGCCCAAGACGCGAGACAGUGCGUCGUCGACAGGGUCCAUGGGUCGUCGUGGCGGCCGCCGCAGCGUCUCUGCCUCGUCGAGCACACUAUCUCAGCGUAACAGGCUGACCAAGCGUGCUCCUACGCCGCAUCGACUUGCAGCAGCCACGGUCGAGACUGGUCGCAGCUGUUCCAAGAAGAGUAGCUCGGACGACGGCAAGCCACUGAGCGUGGUGCCCGAUGCCAAUCGAGGUAUUCCUGCUCUGCCGCCCAAGUUUACGUAUGGCGAGGAUCGCGAGAAUAAUGGGCCGUGGCGAGGUCUUCGCAUUCGCUAGCACUGUGUUAGUAGAGACAACUUACUGGUAAAGGGAGACGGGAGGCGCCGUGUUGCUGCUGCACUCACUGCACGCACACUCAUGUGUUUAUGACUCUUAACGAUAUACUUUGCUUUUUUACCCCUGGUCUGCGGACACAGACGGUCGGUUGUACGGCGAUAUGUCUUUGAUGUGUGUUUUUCUCUAUGGAAAGUCUUUUCAUGUUUUUUGGAACUGUAUAUAACUCGGAGCAUACUACGGAAUGGAUGGAUCGGAUAUAAUGAGAGCUGUUGCAUCUUGAUCAAAUCACAAGUCUUACAUUGUACCUACUGCAAGUGAAUGUGUAUACAAGCUCGACAUCGUAACUACUGCAAGUAACUGUGUAUACAUGCUCGACACAUCACACGAUAGGAGACGAAAUGUUUUUAAAGUACAGCCGCUUGUAGAGCGGCAGAAUUAAUCCUAUAUAUCUACGUAAAGUAAGCCGUGACUCGCUGAUUCCCAAAUCGCAACGAGAGUAAAAGGUAAAAAAAUGCAGACAUGCUGCUCCGAGAGAGGAAUAAAAGACACACAAUGUAGUAAGAAAGAAAAACACAAAACAACCCUAGCACCACCACCCCAGGACACAGAAACCAAAAACGGAUAAAAAUGAAUCAACAAACACGCAGCGUCUAGCAAGAAAGCACUUGCCGCUGCGAGGUACAGGAGAAUCUUUCCCUCCGGUAUACAUGAAGAUGACGAACACAACAGAAACAUAUCAUAUGGAACAGAAUCCAAACCCCGCCCGCUGCAAUAAUACCAAAAAAGUAGGGAGCUACUUUGUUGUUGUUGGUUUUUGUAAAGAAAGGGUACAAAUAGAAUAACACUCAACGCCAUUCUUGUAUAGUUUGGUUACACCUCCACAGCAGGUACAGCUGCUGGUUGCUGGUUCAGCUGCAGGUAGCGGCUAGCCUUUGUGCUGCCAACCUGCACGACGGCGCGGAUCGAUGUCCACACAAAGGGGAACAGACCGGGGAAGUAGCUGUAGAGCAUGGCGCAAAUCAUGACUAGCAGCAGAGGGAUCCAGAUGAAGAAGAGGUUGCGGUCGCUGCUGAUGCCCUUGAGCUUCUGCUCGUGAGCGCGGAGGAACUGCUCCUGCUGCUCUUUGGUAAUCGCGUUCUUGCGACCAAUCAUGAGCAUCUCUGUCUUGGGCUGCUCCGUCUUGGUAGCCACCUUGCUCUUGCUCUUGCUCUUGGUGGUUGUUGACGGUGUAUCGUACAGUGUCGCGCACUUUUGGUCAGCUGCCGCGUCGGCUGCUGCGGCUGCGGCCGAACGCUGCUUCUCAUCAAGAUCCUUUUGAGGGAAGAUUUCGUCGUACGCAGGUGGUGGCGCAGAAACAUUAUUGUUAGUGGUGUUGUUGUUGUUGCUAGCGCCAAUGUACGACGAGAUAUCCCACCAGCGGCUGUCCAUCUUGCCGGGGGCGUCUGGGCUACCUUCGGAACCGUCGUUGGAAGAGUCGGAGGAGCCAGGGCGGGCACCUCUGCGGGGCAUCAGUCGCUGUAUUAACUGGUAGUCGGGCAGGUUGGGCAUUCCCGGAACACGCAUCUGCAUCUGAGGCAACUGUGUCAGGUUCUGUAGGUGCAUCGUCAUGGAUUGCUGCAACUGUUGCAACUGCUGUAGCUGCUGCUGGAACUGGUCCUUAAGAACAGUCGUCAAAGCUGUUGUAGGCGAAGCAGUUGCACUAUCCGUGUCACUCUCUUCAUCCAAAAGCUCGGGUCGGCUCAUCUCCUGAGACAUACCGCUUGGGCGGCGCAUGCUCAGGUAGUUGUUCUCAUCGGGAUCCUCGUCCUCAAAGUCGCCAGAAGUAUAUUCAAGGCUCUCUUCACUCGAAUCCACAGACAGCGGGCCGUCAUGUGUGUUUGCGCGGGCCAAUGGUUCCCAGAGUGAUCGCAAUGAGGUUGCACUGCUGGCGCGGCUGUGAAUCGAGCCGCCGCUGCGGGAUCGAACAUGGCGUUGAGAGCUGCGGAUGGCACGAAGAACACCGCGAGACUGCGUAACGUCCGCUGGGGUCAGGCCAGACAAGCUUCGGAUAGUAGGAUCGGCUCCCGCAAUGAUCAGGCGGCGCACAACCUCGGCGUUGUUCUGGAUAGCAGCCAUGUGCAGCGCCGUGAAGCCACCUUUGUCACGAGCAUCGGGGUUUGAGCCGCGAGCGAGCAGAGCGGCUACAAAGCGGUGGUAUCCCAGCGAGCAUGCAAGAUGAAGCAUGGUGUGGCCGGUUGGUCGACGGAGAUCGAGACGAGUUCGGUGGGUGCUAUCGUCAAGGUCAAUCAGAUCCAGCACCUUAAGAAGUUGUGACUCGAGAUGCUCAUGGUGUUGUUGCUCUUGAGACGCCUGAGUAAAGCCAGCUCCACCACCAUUUUGGCCGCCAGACGAACCGCCGCCAUUGCCUGUCCAGCCUGAGCUGCCGUCGUUCAAAAUUCGGCGUGCCAAGUCACUGACAUCUACCAUUUGUCCAGACAUCUUGUGGCCCAAGACGGACAGCGCAGUUCUGAUGAGCUUAUCCUCGUUAUCGUCAAUGUACUUGAAGGUAGGCGGCGACUUUCCAAGAGGGAAGCUCUGAGGCUGGACGCCCUGGUGCUUGAACGUGACAGCAACGGUGCCCGCGACAGCCGACGGGGGCAAGAGACAUACAAGCGAAGACUCUCCCCAGAAAGUGGUCGUGGUUGCGCGCUGCUCUCCGAACCAAACUUCCAGACCCUGGAAGAAGGCGGCGCCAAGAACAGUGACUUCGAUGCCACCAAUCUUGGGUCCUUCGUUGGGGAUAAUCUUGUGGAUGACUGGUGGCGCUCUCGGUGAGUUGACACCCAUCGGCAUACCAAACAUGGCGUUUGUGCCCAGGGCUUGUGAGAUUUGGGCUUGCGCGGCGGAGUUGCGGAGGCCAUUGGGGCUGGGAGCACGACUAGGGUGUGACGAAGUAGGCGCAGAGUAGAGGUGAGACAUCGCCAGGUUGUCCAUGCUCGUCGAUCUGUUGGGAGCAAACAACGAGGGCUGUUCGUUGUUUGGCGUAGGAGGUCCAUUGCUAAAUGGUGCCUGUCCGUUAGGGCCAAAGAAGGCAUCGGCGGGGAACGCUGAGUGCGGUGAAAAGGGCGAUGCUGCGUUGGAGAUAUGGCUACCGGGGCCUCCUUGCGAUGUAGGAGCUGGAGAGGUAUCGAGACGGGUCAUCUCCAGACCGUUUGGUACUCUUGAGCUACUUCCCUUUCGUCGCUUGGCUGUAGGGCCGCCUUGGCUCGGCGAGUUGGGUCGCGAGAUGGAUCUGCCGUGGAUAUUGCUGUUGCUCAGCGUAGGUGUUGUCUUGCCCGAGGCAACUGAGCUAGCGUAUGAAGCCUGGCUGCUUCGGUGCAGCGACGCAGCGUCGGCGUUUUGUUGCAUAGGGAAUGCGCCGUUCUGCAUGGCAGCGAGGAUGGCGUUGGGGUCCAUGGCAGGACCAGGGUUAGAGGGGAUAGUGGAGGAGGUGACUGUUUCGGACAUGGGAGGUUGAGAGUUGAGCUGCGCCAUGGGGUGCGUCUUGUGGUCAUCAGUAAUCAUGAUCGGGUUAGACAUGGCUUGGGCGAUGACGCGAUCUUGAUGAUCCUUAAUAGUGAAGAUGACAUUGAAGCCCAUCUUCUCACCGUGAUGGCGGCAGUAGCAGGCUAUUCUCAUGGGCGCAUCAAUCUGCAUGGCGCGGUUUGAUCCAGCGGGUUGGCCGUUGGAGUCCAUCACGCCGCUGAGAGGCUGCCACUCCUUCACUUCCUGGGUGUUGAAGACGAUGACUCGGCGCUCCUCAUCCUGGCUCCACAUCUUCUCCUCAUCAGGCUUCUUGAUCUUCUUGCGAGCAGCUCUCUUGCGCUCUCUGGUGAUGCAACCUGAGCAGAUGCGAACCUCACCUCCAUUUUGUCCCGAUCCGUCUUCUUCGUCGGGCAUGGGUGGGUUGCCUUGCGGGGCUACGGAAGCUCUUUGUAGGGCAGCCUUUUUCAAUUCAGGCUGCUCCAUGGCGCUUGUGCACACGAGACUGACGUGCAGCUCGAGUGUGUCGGGCGUCCGCGUUGGAGGGGGCUUUGCCAGGAGCUUAGGUUUUGAGAUUGUGUGAGCGGGGAGAUGCAGCUUGGUGACGCCCGGAGGCAGCGGUGACAAGGUCAUCUUAAUGGGGAUUUGGGUCUCGACUCUCGACUUUAACGGCGUCGGCAGAAUUCGAAGUUCGUAGCCACCGGUAAAGUUGAAGGGUGUGUUGAAGAGGGGCAUUUGCUGCGGGAUGGGCAUCGACUGUGACAAACCGUUGGCGAAUCCGUCAGGCAUGGCGGUGCCGUUGGGCCACAUGUUGUUGGCACUCAUGACUGCAAAGUCGAGACCCAUGUUGGACUGCGGCGAGUUCAAGAAAUUUGUGCUCGGCGAUGAGUUGUGGCUGGCCACUAACGUCGACAUUGGCGAGACUUCUCUGGAAUCUGAUUGUGCCGCCUGUGAGAAUGAAUUGUUAGUACUCAUAGCCUAAGGGUUGAAAUAAAAACAAAUGCUAAUUUUUUAUUUCUUGAAACUUACAGAUUUGUCCUUCUUUUGUGUUUGCUUCUGCUUGUUCGCAAGCUUGGCAUUGUUGGGCGUGUUGUUGGAUUUGAUGGUGGGCAUGGCUGGAGACGGAGCUGUCUGCGCGCUUAGAAGACUCAGCAGACUCGGACGAGUCGUCGUGGUAUGAGUUGGGAGAGUCCGGCAACGGACCCGCCGCGAGCUGCUGGGGGUUUAGGAAGGCCGCUGCGUCCUUGCUGUUGGCGCUGGCGGCGGAUUCUAGGGUCUGGAGGGUGUCGGGGCUAUCGGCAAAGUUGAAAACGUUGGAAGCAGCAAGCUCAUCCUCGGAAAAGUCGUGGAAAUCCGUGUUGGGAUGGAGAGCCCCCGCGAUCAUCGGGCUGCCGUGGCCGGGACCGCUCGCUGAUGUCAUGACCAGCGCAGAGGCGGGCAAUUUGGGUGUUUUUCGCACCCAAAAGCAGGUUUGGUCGCGGCUGGUUGCCUAGACGGCGUUCAAUUCGUGCGAUUCGUGCGGUUGUGCUGCGUUUUGGUGGUUGAGGAAGUCGCAACAGCGGCGGAGUUGGGGGUUGGAAAGCGUUGCAACAGCGCACACACACGGUCGGCGGGUGGUGUUUCGGUGGUUGCAGCAACAGGCGGCGUCGUUGAAAGAAGAAAGAGGAAAACACAAAGAAAAUACGUCCCGCAGCCUUAUUGGAUCCAGUUGAUGGGGUUGACCUUGGGGAUGGCGACGGUCGGGGGACGUGGCAUGCGGUGUUUGAAAGGAAAAGAAGGCCAAGAGGCAAAAACGAUAAGGAGAUGAAUUCUGCACAGCGAGCGCCGCAGUGUACGUAACUGUAGGCGGUACCAAAGCACGCCAGUCUAGGUUGG